UUUUUUUUGUUUUUUUUUGUUUUUUUUAAAUUGUGUGUGUAGCGGAGUUGUGAGUGUGUUUCAAAUUUGUGAAAAAUUAUAUAUAUAUAUAUAUGUAUGUACGAAUAUAUACAUAUAGAAAUGUGGAACAGCAUCUGUUUAUUUACUAUGUGAAGCGAGGCGACAAGCAAAUUUAAUUUAUCUGCAACUUGCAAACGCGGAAAUGCAACGACAACAACAACAAUAAUAAUAAUAACAAUAACUGAAAAUGCAUUAACCAAAGCAGAACCAAGAAUAGGCAGAAAUUGCUUGUCAGCGAAAAACAAAAAAAAACACAGAAGACGAACAAGAAGAAGCAGAAAAUAUAUACAUAUACAAAGAAACAAACAUAUUGCAUAUCUUACCUGCUGCCUGUCACCCGUGUUCUAUCUCUCUCCCUCUCUCUUGCUCGCUCGCUUUGUCUGUGCCAUGAUCAGCAACAACAACAACAACAAGAACAGCAGGAGCCUGACGUGCCACAGCAAGUAGAGAAGAACACAGACACACACACAAACAAACACAUAUACACUCCAAAAAUGUUGCAGGCAGCUAACGAAGCCAGCCAAAGCAACAACAACAACAACAAUAACAAUAACUACACAGAAAGCAGCAUCAGCAGUAGUAGUUGUAGUAAUAGUGCCGCUGCCACGCCCACACAAGAGGAAAAGACACAACGGCGUCGUUCCACAUUUUAUGUGCCUCUUGUCAUAGAAGACGAAGAUCCUCCAGCUACUCCUGUUGCCGCCACCAACGAUCACAUAAGCAUUAGUGAUAGUAACUCCAGUUUAAGUAGCGGCGAUCAAAAAACCAAAAAAUCCGCCAAGAAAAGCAGCGUGGCCAAGGUUAGUGCACUAUUUGAGCGUAAAAGUGGUGGACACUCUAAUAAAAUGUCACCACCGCCGCCGCCACCGCCAUGUGGCUUCAAUUGGAGCAUUAGUGGCAAUGAGAAUAAUGUACACUAUUCGGAUACCGAUGAGGAUGAUGAACAUUCCAUAGAGGCCAUGAAUCGUCAACAAUUGCUUAAGACAUUGCCACAAGCUGCCGCUGCUGCCGGCAAUUCUUCGCCAUCGAAUUCAAAAUUGAAACGUUAUGGCAUAGUCCUUAAUGUGAUCAGUUUAAAUGGCAGCAACGACUGUGGUGGUGGAGGAGGAGAGGGUGGAGAAUGUAAUAAUGCCGAUACAGCAGCUGCACCGCCAACUGCUGCACCUCGCACACAUUUUAAUGAGGAUCAUGAUAUUGUUAUGGCCACACCACCCAAACAGCAGGCACUCUCCUCCACACACACACGUCGACACAAUGAUGACGACAACAACCACGAUGUCGGCGCCGGCGUUAUCGGUAACGAAAACAACGGUAACGCUGCCGCUUCGGCCGCUGAUGAUGAUGAUGACUCAGAGAUAAGCCGCAUGCAGACGAACACCUCGACACCCAUCAAAUUAAUGAAAUCGCGUUCGCGUACCAAUAUUUUGGCCGUACCCCUGCCCAGUAUAGAACACGGUCUGGCAACGGCAACAACGUCAGCGUCCGCAUUAUCAUCAUCAACUACAACAACAACAACAACAACAACAACAGCAACAAUAACACUGCGUGCCAAAUCAAAAACUUUACCACAAAAUCUAUCACCAUCGUUGGCAUUAGCAGCGGCAGCGGCAGCGGCAGCCAAUGAUCAUCCACAACAACCAGUGCAUACAUCAUCAUCACAGCGUCAGCUUUUCACCGGUUCAUCAUCAUUUACAUCAUCGUCAUCAUCAUCGCCGUAUAAAAUCCAAGGCAGUGCCUCAACCACCUGCAUACUUACUCAUAAAUUUCCACCCAAAUUUUCUGCCCUAUUGAAAUCAACGCCCAAAUUGACACCAGCAGAUUUGGCGCCAUCUGCCGCCGCUCCACUGCCUCAAGCGAUUGUAUCGCCACCAAAGAAAUCACUUAGUUUCAUACGUCGUGCUCAUUCCACCAAGGUGUCACGUAGCAAUUCCCUGCUCAAGAAUAUUGCCCAUAACGGAGGAGGUGGUGGAGGAGGAGGCGGCAGCGGUACAUCACUAGCAGCCGAACAUUAUCAUCAAUUGCAUCAUAUGCAUCAUCAUCAACAGGGUAGCUCCUCUGCUACAUCCACAUCCAGCUUUGGUCUCGAUUAUGGCAUCGGCAGUUGGGGCAAACACUUUUUCCUUAACUAUGAUGUUUGCCCCCUAAGUUUGGAUGAAUUGAGCAGUUAUUUUCAAACGGAUCAUUGUGAAGAAUUGAUACGUGAGCGCUUUAAGAUCAAAGAUCUAAAUUUAUAUGGACCAGAGGAUAGAACAGCAACGGGAGAGAUAUUAGAUGACACCACCAACAAUACAACAAAGACAUCGACAACAACACGAACGGAAGAUGAUGCGGGACAUCAUUCGGAUACUUCAUAUGAGAAGGCCUGUCGUCGCGGUUCAGCGCCUACCACGCCCAUUUUGGGCAGUAAACAACAUCAGCCGGAGCAUAAUGCCACCUCACGUUUCACAAAUUUCUUUUCCAAAAAAUCUAAUCCCCUGAAACGUACCAAAUCGGUUACCAAAUUGGAGCGAACAAAACGCGGAACUGGCGGUUUACGUGGUUCACGCUCUCACGAGAGUCUUCUGUCCAGUCAUGCGGUGAUGUCAACCAUUGAUUUGUCGUGUUCUGGCGCUGUGGGCGUGGCUCCUGUCCAUCAAUCGGUGCUGGGUCGUCGACACUGUUUCCAGGUGCGCGGCGGGCCGCGCGGUGAACGUUACUACUCGUGCGGAUCGAGGCAAGAGCGUGAUCUAUGGAUCUAUUCGUUACGUAAAUCGAUAGCUCCAAAUGCCGAGCAUACACGUCGCACGGAUAAUUCGUUAAAAUUAUGGGUAUACGAGGCAAAAAAUUUGCCAGCCAAAAAGAAAUAUUUCUGUGAAUUGCAAUUGGAUAAAACAUUGUACGGACGGACGAGUGUUAAAUUACAAACGGAUUUACUCUUUUGGGGUGAAUAUUUUGAUUUUCCCGAUAUACCGGAAAUCAAUGUGAUCACGGUCAAUGUAUUCCGUGAGGUGGACAAGAAGAAGAAGCGUGAUAAAUAUCAAUUCGUUGGCUCGGUUAAAAUACCCGUACACGAGGUGACAUCACGUGUCAUCUGUGAGGACUGGUAUCCCAUAUUAAGUGACAAGGCCGGCGACAGUUUGGGCCGUCAAUCGGGCGGUGGCAGCGGCAAGGAUAAAGAUCGCGAACAAUUGCCCACACUGCGAAUCAAAUGCCGCUUCCAGAGCACCGACAUAUUGCCCAUACAGGUGUAUGGCAAUUUUCUGGCCUAUCUCAAGGAGAACUAUAAACGAGUUUGCGAAACUCUCGAACCGGUGAUUGGGGUGAAAGCCAAAGAGGAUAUUGGCCAGGCGUUGGUGUUGCUGAUGCACGCUCAGGGUCUGGCCGGGGCCUUUCUCACCGAUGUGGUGGCCCUGGAUCUGUUGCGUGUGGGCGAUCAGAGAUUGACAUUUCGUGGCAAUUCGCUGGCCACCAAGAGCAUGGAGGCAUUUCUCAAACUCACUGGGGAACAGUAUUUACAGGACACCCUGUCGGCGCCCAUUAACGAGCUUAUCCAAUCGGAACGUGACUGUGAAGUGGAUCCCACCAAGACGAGUGGCUCGUCGGCGGGUUCACUGCAACGGCAGCAGGCAACUCUCCGCCAGGCUGUGCGCAAUGCCUGGCAAUGUAUCUACGAGUCGCAUAAACAUUUUCCACCCCAGCUGCGGGCCUGUUUUGCCACGUUCCGUGAGCGACUGCAGCAGCUGGGACGCCAGGAUAUGGCCGAUAAUCUGAUCUCUGCGAGCAUCUUUUUGCGUUUCCUUUGCCCGGCGAUAUUGUCGCCGUCGUUGUUCAACAUCACCAGCGAAUUGCCAUCGGCCCGGGCCACCCGCAAUUUGACCCUGGUCGCCAAGACGUUGCAAACUUUGGCGAAUUUCACCCGUUUUCAGGGCAAAGAGAAUUUCAUGGAAUUUCUCAAUGAUUUCCUCGAACAGGAGGCAUCACGUAUGCAGCAAUUUCUGGAGAUAAUAUCGACAAGGCCCGAACAUCCGGCUCCCGAUUCCAUACUCGAUUGGGCUGGCUACAUUGAUCAGGGCAAACAAUUGUCCAUUUUGCAUAGUUUGCUCAGUGAGAGUUUGUCCAAGUUGCCAGAGGCGCGUCAACAUGAAUUGGAUCCAUUGCAGCAUAUACUGGACGAGAUUACCAAAGCCAAGGAGAUGAGCGCGACGGGUUUGGGUGGUGGUUAUUUGCCCACUGUGAUGUCAUCGUCGCACUCGAUAGCCAGUGAGAAUCAAGAGAAUCGUAAUCCGGGCGUAAUGAGUGUGGCCACCAGCAGCAGCGCCAUCAAUAGCACAAGCAGCGGCAAUAACAACAAUCCCGGCCAGAUGUUGCCACAGCAGCAGGCCCAGUUGGCACAGCCACAGCAUGCGGUGGUCAGUAAGCCAGCCGAGAGGGGUAUAAUGCGUGGUGUCUUAACGCCCAGUUCGUUGGAGAAGAAUAUAUUCCGUUACAAUGAUCCCACAGUGAAUGGACUCCUCCAGCAGCAGCAGCAGCAGCAGCAGCAACAACAACAACAACAACUUCAUCCCCAUCAUCAUCCAAUGCAGAUGCUCUCUAACUCACAGAGUUCCAUAGUCGGCCUUCAACAUGCCCAAUCUCAGAGCUCAAUGGCCUCAUCAUCAUUGAAUGGCAGCAGCAGCAAUCUACUAAUGCCCCAUCAUCCCGCCCAGCAUUUGCAUCCGGCGCAAUUGCACUGCCCCACGGCGGCGCCACAAACCAGCGCUGCCAGCACCAUAGAGCGCAUGGAACGUCAGACCUAUCCGUAUAUGUGUAAUGGUAAUGACUAUGAUGCCAAUACCUCGUCGUCGGCCUGCUCGAAUCGAUCUCGCACCUUGCCACGCAACGGUGCCAAUGGUAAUGAGGAGUUGCCCGGUGACUUUAUACAAAUCUCUGGCCUGGACACGAGCAGCGCCUUUGUGCGUAAAUCACCCACUCCCAUGAUGAAAUCCGGUGGUGGUGGUGGUGGUGGGCCACAGCGUAAUCAUAAACUCAAUUUGGGUAUACCCGAUCACUCGAAUGGCGGCGGCGGCGGCGGCUCAACUGGCAGUUAUCCUCGUCAACUUAAUCCUAAUUCGAAUAUGCCCAAGAAUCUGGAGGAUCUGGAUGAUUUAUUCAAAUAUGCCGAGGAGCAUGAUGUGGGCGAGUUACAUCACAUGGCGGGCAAUCAUCAGCAGCAGCAGCAUCAUAAUAAUCAUCAAUUGAAGGUGGCGGCACAAGCUGGAAAGGAGCAACUAUCGGCCAAGAGUAGCCAUUGCAGUUCGGGUUAUCAGAGUAUUUCGACCAAUCCGUCGCCCUCACAGUCCUCCAGUCCAGUGGAGAGCCAGCUGAAGGCGGCCAUCUCCGCCGGUGGUGGACAUCAUCCUCCUGUAACUCCAUUGGCCUUUAAGAAUCCUUCUUAUCAACUGCAGCAGCAACAACAACAGCAACAGCAACAGCAGAGUGGACCAAGUGGUCAACGUUGUCCACUACCAUCAUCAUCCUCCUCUUCGAUUACAGCCACGCCACGUGCCAAGCCCAUUGGCGGUGGCCUUGUGGCGGCUCGUGCUGCAUUCCUCAAUAAUGGCGGCAACUUGGAUACGGCCACCCUGACACCCAGCUCAUCGGAUGAACAACUAUCGGCGGAUAACUAUUUCAGUUAUGCAGCUGCGGCAGCAGCCGGAGCUAAUCUAACAUCCACAUCGAAGCUGGAGGCUCAGCGUUCGCUCAGUGGUGGCAGCAGUUCAUCCAAUUCGAUGGGUAAAUCCUCAUCUGCCGCCUAUGGACGACUCAAUGGGCCCCUUAAACGGGAAGAUGUCUAUGGCAGUGCUGGGGGAGGCAUAAGCAUGGCCUAUGCUCUGGCCACACCAGGCAAUGGACCAUCAUCGGCAGCAGCUCAUCAUCUGCAUCAGCAGCAGCAGCAGCAGCAACAGCAUCCACAUCAUCAUUCACAUCAUCAUCACAUGAAGCAGGAGCAAAUGAAGCAAUUCGGAGGCAAUAAUGGAAGUGGAAACGGUCCAUCGACAUCGGCCCAGAGACGUCUAAGCCUGGACUCGGCAAGGACUCUAUCCGAUAGCAGCACGGACACCGAAGGUAACUGCCAGCAGCUACAGGAGGGCAAAAGACGACGUCAAUUGCGCAGCAGUGGAGGCAUUAGCGCUGGCCAUGAAUCUUCCUCGCUGAGCAAAGGCUACGACCAGAACGGUGAGAUUCAGCUACUGCAGGAGACACUGGACACACUGCGUCACACACUGGAUCGCGAUGAGGCGGAAUUACGUGACUCUAGCGAUGAAUUGUUUGCCCUCCAACGUCCAGGUGGCAGUGCCGGAGGCGGCAGUAAUGGCUCGAAUAAUCUUAGCCUGCAAUCAGAGUCCACCAUGCGCAGCAUAAUCGAUAGACUCAUCACCAUGGAGGAGGAGCUGCGACGUGAGCAGCUGAAAAUGUCCUUGGCCUUGUCGCACAAGCAGCGUGUGAUUGAGGAGCAAGGACAACAGAUAGCUGCUCUGGAUGCGGCGAAUAGUCGACUAUUGAGUGCCCUUACCGCCCUGCGCCAGCGUUACGAGACCCAACAACAACAACAGCAGCAGCAGCAACAACAACAACAACAACAACAGCAGCACCCAGCACCACCAAAGAAUCAGAAGCCACAGUGAGCAAAAACAGGAGAAAAAUGAGAAGCAGCAGGAGAAGAAUAUGAUUUGGAUAAGAAGUAGAAGAAGAAGGCGGAGUAGAAGCUUAAGUGCUUAGACGUCGACGUGUUUAUGUCUUAAGGAUAAUUUUUGUUUAUUUUUUUAGCUCUUUUUUUUGUAUGCUAUAUAAAUUAUA